AUGCGCAAGCUCAUGCGCAGGCUAAAGCGUGUAGCCUUCUCCUCCUACAUCGUCUUCUACAUCGUCUCCUACAUCGUCUCCUACAUCGUCUCCUACAUCGCCUCCUACAUCAUCUCCUACAUCUUCUCCUACAUCGUCUCCUACAUCGCCUCCUACAUCUUCUCCUACAUCUUCUCCUACAUCGUCUCCUACAUCGCCUCCUACAUCUUCUCCUACAUCUUCUCCUACAUCGUCUCCUACAUCGCCUCCUACAUCUUCUCCUACAUCUUCUCCUACAUCGUCUCCUACAUCGCCUCCUACAUCUUCUCCUACAUCUUCUCCUACAUCGUCUCCUACAUCGCCUCCUACAUCUUCUCCUACAUCUUCUCCUACAUCGUCUCCUACAUCGUCUUCUACAUCGUCUUCUACAUCGUCUCAAUCCUCACAAACGAUAAAAUAUUCCCUAGGUCU